CUCCCAUUGCCCGCCCCUCCGCUCCUGCAAUUGGCUGUGCCGCCUUGGGUCUCCGCCCCACAGGCUUGCGCCUGCGCGUUGGCCAGGGCGGCGAGUCGUACCUGAUGGUGGGAGGUGGUAGCUCGCGCUCCUCUUCCGCUGGCGGGAGAGUUAGAUAGCGCCUUAAGAAAACACCAUGAAAGAUACUGAUAUCAAGAGACUACUGUAUACCCAUCUUUUGUGCAUAUUUUCAAUUAUCCUAAGCAUCUGCAUUCCAUCGUUCUUCUUGGAGAAUUUCUCAAUAUUGGAAACACACUUGACAUGGUUGUGCAUCUGUUCUGUUUUUGUAACUGCCGUCAAUCUAGUGUUAUAUUUAAUAGUGAAACCAAAUGCAUCCUCUAAAAGAAGUUCAAUAUCAUACAAGGUAACCAGAUUUUUGAAAUGCUGUAUCUACUUUCUUAUGUCAUGUUUCUUCUUUCAUGUAAUUUUUGUUCUAUAUGGAGCACCACUCAUAGAGUUGGUGUUGGAAACAUUUUUAUUUGCAGUUAUUUUGUCUACUUUUACUACUGUACCGUGUUUGUGUUUGUUAGGACCAAACAUCAAAGCAUGGCUAAGAGUAUUCAGUAGAAAUGGUCAGAAUUUGACCACUUUUGGUGAACUGAAAAACUUGAAUUUCUGGAGAGAGGUUCCUGAACUUGUGGUUAUCUUGCCAAGUUACAGAAAACUGGGUAGAAGUCCUCAAGAAGCUUCAAGACAAGAAAAAUUGGUGCUAGUUAAGAUGGGAGGACAGUUUUAAAGAUAAUUCAUUCAUUGUAUUGAGCAAACACGUAGUAUGGGGCGUCUGUUCAUGAGAAGUGUGAGCAAGAUGAAAAGAAAUUGCAUGGCAACCCUAAAAACACAUUAUAGAAUAAUAAGAAAAAGGCAUGUGGAAGACGAAAGAAUCCAGCCUGGAAGAAAAUACUACCCAAGGAACAAAAACAAACUCUACACAGUUUAUCAUAGAAGAAUGUUACUGAGAGCAUAAAUUGAAUAAAAGCUCAAAAGAUAAGAUGAUGAAAAAAAUGAAGUGAAGGACAUUACAGAAUUAAUUAAAUAAAAUGAAUCCAAACCACACCACCACAGGUCACAAAUUAGAAACAGAUAAGCUAGAAAAUCAAGUUCUAGCUUGGAAGAAAGGUUUGAAACAGUCAAAACAAAUGAGGGGGUAGGGAAGAGUAAGGCAGUUAGAAAAGAAAUGAUAAAUGGAGAGAACAAAGGAGACGAGCUUAAGACCAGUUAGUGUCCAUAAAAUAACAAAACAGAAGGUAAUUCAAAGUACGAUGGAAGACCACUUCCCCAAAUGCAGAAAUUGUGCAGUUUGCACAUUAAGGAGACUCACUGCAUUAAAAAACUGGUUGUAAAUUAGGAUUACAGAGGACAGAAUAUAAACUUACAAAAAUAAGCAAUAGAAGUUACAAAGCGGGGGAAGGGAAGAUGGAGAAGAUACAACCGUAUCCCCAACUACUCUGGCUAUCCCCAGAUCCUGAGCCUGUUUAGUACAAUCUUUUUUUUUUUAAAGAUUUUGUUCAUUUAUUCAUGAGAGACGAGAGACA